CUUCAAACAACAAAAUCACCAACGGUGUUCUAUUAUCCACCCAACGCCCUCUGUCUCUGGCUGUGAGGCACAUCAUGGAGCUAUUGCCAGCUGGCGCCGGAAGGCGGCAGGUGAUCGGGUGCCUGCCUGCUUCUUUCGCCUUCUUCCCUUCCGUUUGGCAGGCACCUGGCAAGCACCUGGCAAACGCCCGCUUCGUUUGCUACAAAAAACCUGCCAGCCAAAAACUGCCGCGCACAGAAACCAUUCUCCUUCAUCCAACUUCUUCUCGAAUUCCUGGACGCAUCUGGGAGAGCUGUGAGAGAUGGCGGACUAUGUCGAAUUCUACGUAACUUGCAACCCUCCUCUAUUGCCGACGGGUGUUGCGUCUACUAUUGCCCACCUUCGAGAGGCACCGCACCAGGACAAAGUGUUGGAGAUGCUGUACGAGCCCGAGAUUCCUUGGUUCAAGAUCAUCACGGCCCAGGAGCACCAAGAGGAGAUUACGCACCGAAUCCACUCCUUCCUGGAGCUUCUCCUCGAAGAGGAAACGGAUGUCAUCGACGAAGAUCAACCCGGUGAUCUACCCAUCGACCCGAAAACUCGCGCAGAUGUUGAUCUUGUUACCGAAACACCCCAAGUCAUUCCGUGGUCACUUUACCAGCACAACAAGUGCGCGGAUACCACCGACUACGACGAGCACCGGUUUCCUGCACAACUUGAGCCUCUUGCUUUCAAGACAGUUUGGCGAGGGCUUGAGUCGGCCGAUGGCCUCUCUAUCUCGGACCUUUUUGCCAAGUUCGAUUUUCUGUGGGCACACCCUGGCCAGGCUUCAGGACUGCAAAAGCUCGGCGCCCAAGUCAACUGCCAAUUCACUCACAACAUGAGAGGAAAUCUUGUCUACAUAGGGAGUGACAAAGAAAUGGAGUGCGUGAGGGAUGCUGUUCGGAAGCUGGAAAAUCUUCUAGCUCUUUGCAAUUCACUUGUUCCAAGUUCUUCCCACCUGGUCUUCACUGAAGAUGAAAGAAUCACCAAGUUGUCUUUCAGGUGGUUGACGCAUGUGGGACUCGACAAGUUGACCUAUCUCAACACCGGCGUUUCGGGAACACUGGUGGAGAACCGACCCCUAAACCGUGCUGCAUCUAUACGGGUCGAAAUCAUAAAGGCUCGCGGUCGUUCGGAGCUAGAUGAAACAGUCUACCCUAUCGGAACCAAACAAGCCGUCCCAUUUCGUCCAUCAUUCAGCGCAUUUGCAGACUUCGAGUACAGAGCAAAAAGCCCUGGCUUUAUGCCCGUCGAUACAUCCAAAGAGUUGACACCAGAACCUGCAUCAAAGCAAAACCUGCAACUCCCCGAUACAAAGUCAAUUACUUGCAGUAGCACAUCUUCGGUAUCAACUUCUGUUCGGAUGAGAACGACGCCUGCGGUUGAUGUCUCCCAUGGUGACAAAUCUCGAGGUUCUGAAGUAUCACGUUUUGCACCUGGGGAACCAUCAUUCGGGGUUGGCAAUGAAGGUGACACGACAGUUGAAAAGACACAGACGCACGAAAGUCUCGGCUUUGUUCAAGAGCCGUUGCUGCAACCGAACGACACCAUGCGCCUGAGCUCGGCACCGUCCCUACUUGGCCCUUUAGCCGCUGCCGACGCAGUCGCGUCUUGGAUCGCCGGAAUCGAAGCUGCUGGGUUUAAUCCUUCACUCUAUGGAAUUUCAGAACUCGGACCACCCGAUGAUGUUCCCGCUAUGACAGAUUCGAUACCCUCUUUUGGGGGUGACGUUCUCGUCAAUCUAGAGCCUGAUACCGAGUCCUCAGUCCCGCCUCCCAAUGACGAGGAGUUGUCUGGACUUCUUGUGGGCCAAUUAUACGACUCUAGUAAUCUCAUGGAGUUCGGACAACAUCACUCCCACCAGGCCACAAUGGCCACGCCAAAUGGCAUUCCGACAGAAUGCCUUUUGGAUUCAGAUUCCCCACCAGGACUCGAUUAUGGGAUGUUUGCUCCUAUGAAUCUCCUGCGGCAACAGGAACCCCAGAGAGGUUCCCCCACCAUCCGUCCUCCUGUCCCUUCGAGAGUAGGUAUACAUGACGGCGAUCUUCUAGGCUGCCUGGAAGCUCACAUAGACACCCCAGCCCUCAUGGAUGAGUUUGAUGGGCAAGGUGCAGCGACUUCUGCACCCGAUACCUCUGGAAACACCAUAGGGGUCGGUCAAGAGGCCGAAGAAAAUGCCUUGGGCAAGAUACUACGCAAAAUGGACAGCAAGGAAAAGGAGUUGUUCUACACAAUGGGCCAAAAGGCGGCUCCAAGCCAGACUUGGGCACACGUCGCAUCCCAGUCAAAGGUUCAACAAAAAGAAGAGGAGACUUCCUUUGGUGUCAACGUCCCCGUGAAGGUUCGUUCAAAUCUAUCGAGACCUGGACCACAGAAACUCGAAGCACAGAAACUCGAAGAACAGGAAGCCGUUCGCAAAAUGCCAAAGCCAACCCCCACUCAACCAACAACUGAUGGCCAAGGUGGAACACAGAGCAAGCGCGCAAACCUUUCCAGAGUUGUCGAUGAUACCAAUAAAAAAGCCAAGGAACUCUUGAAGAUCUUGCAAAUCACGCCCGGGCAUAUUAGACUUGAAGCGAAAUUUGGUCGAAUAUGUAUCAACGACCUAGAAACAUCAUUGGUGAACUUGGGGCAAGGGCCAUCCUUGGACAUUCACGAGAUACUCAACUUCAGGCAUGACAGUAUUGGUUUUCAUACCAUACUCACGACUAAUGGCGCUGAAGCGGACCUGAUUCCCCGCAUGUCCCUUUCUCAGGGGCAACCUUGGGAGCUCUACGACAAACAAGUAUACUACGAUAUAGUCUGCAAGUCCAAAGACAAGGAUGAUCUCAUCAUGGUAGAGGUCAACGCUGCCACCUUCAACUAUGUUUGUCGGUCGCCAACUCAGGAGUUUCCGGGCGUAUACAUCCAUUGUGCGAGGCGUUCCUGGGACAUACAGCUUUCUGUCAGCCGCAUCGGUUCCGAAGAGAUUCCAGAGGACUUCAGACAAUUCGCCUCGUCCUUGAUAGAAUCUCUGGACAUCUCAACUGACAAUGAAGGGCAAGUUGUUAUCAAGGCCAACCCAGACAAAACCUCCAGGUGGGGUGUCGAAGGAACCAGCAUCCGUCACAUCGCAAGAUACCGCAACGGGUCGAAAAGCCGCAACUACCUUGCUAUUACGACGACCCGGGUCGCGCAGAGAAUUGGAGGAUCAAACUACCAUGGCACCACGAGGCCGGUGCCAAUCCCUGGAAAGGGGCCUCUAUCUCAAUGGUUUGAGGCUUCGAUUGGAUCGACUCGAGCGGAUGAGCUACUGAGGGAGAAUGUCGGACUGGGAUUUGGGGACAAAACUUCGUGGACUCCCGACCAGCUCGUAAAAGAGGGUCUUAUCAAAGCGCUGUGCGAUCCAGCUUUAAAGAUGGUGAUGCAGAUGGACCAGGUUGGUCGGACAAACUGCAACGGCGAAGGACUCAAGGUUGGUCAAAAUUCGUCCACUAAACCCACUGGAGGAGGCGCACUUCCAUUCUGGUGAUUUGCAGACGCGGACAUAAUGUCUCCAGUCACAAGAUUGCUACUUUCUAUUGCUCGUCGGUGUGUUCCUGGAGUGGUUUCCAUUUAUGAAUAGGGUAAUCAAUGAACACAAUAUUGGUUUACAGGCUUAAAAUCAGGGACGAUAGCUACAGACGAUGUACUAGGCUACGAUAUAGCAGACUCGAUAAUUCGCUUGACAUUAGUCGUGAC